AUGAAAUCUGUUACUCUGAUUCUGGUAUUAAAUGAGAUCAUAAUUUGGACCCGAGACAGUACAGAGUGCUUGCAGUGGAAUUGGGUUUCCGCAUUCCAAGGUCCGAUGUUCUUACGCAUCCUUGAUCGCAGGGUUCGGCUCUGUCUCGCAGGCACACUUCUCUUCGUCCUCUCUGUUUUCUAUUUCCUCCACAAUAAUAUCAAUAAGAAUAAUAGCGGGAGCGCAAAUGGACAAGCUAGACCAAAGUCAUUACCAAAAAAUGGCCAUGGACAUGAUCAGCAAGUCGCCGUUGUGGUUGCUGGUCUGCGUUCCUCCAACACCAAAUGGCUUUCCGACGCGUUCCCGCACUGGGAUAAGCAUAUCUACAUCGCAGACGAUGAGCUGUCUCGGUUGCGCAUCCCCAAGAAUAAGGGGAGAGAAGCUAUGGUCUAUUUGACAUACAUGGUCGACCACUACGACGAUUACAGCAAUGAUACCGCCAUUCUCUUCCUCCACGCGGACCGAAACCAAUGGCACAAUGACGAUGAGAAAUAUGAUGGUAGACGGAUGCUCCAGCGCUUCAACUUCCAGCAUCUCAUGCGCGAGGGCUACGUCAAUAUGCGCUGCCACCCGUACCCGGGCUGCACAGGGGGUCUGGAUCUAACCACGGUUCCGUCCGUAAUCAACACCAGCGAAUCUGCAACUAUAUUCGGCAUCUUGCAAAACCUUGCAAUUCUAUUUCCCGGCUCGACGCGACCGCCAGACCACGUUGCGGUGGGCUGUUGCGCCCAGUUCGGCGUCACGGUUGGCACCAUUCGGCAAACACCACGGAAGCGAUAUGAAGAGUUGCGGCAGUGGCUGCUUGAUACGUCCAUCCCGGAUCAGACGAGUGGGCGGGUCAUGGAGUAUAUGUGGCAUACCGGCAAUACACUGUCCCGAUCCAAGGCAAUGCUAUUGCCAGGUCUACGGGCGGUGUGA